AUGUUAUUUCUUCUUGCUAUCUAUCUAUCUAUCUAUCUAUCUAUCUAUCUAUCUAUCUAUCUGUUUCAGCUUGCUCAUUAUCUAUCUAUCUAUCUAUCUAUCUAUUUAUCUGUUUCAGUUUGCUCAUUAUCUAUCUAUCUAUGUCAUGCUAUGAAUAAGAUUUCACAUCACACACAAAAACGAACGCCUACUUGCGACACAAAAACGAACGCCUACUUGCGACACAACACUUUACGACAGCCAACGAGCAAAACGGCAUCCAAGACUGCUGCCGACGGACGACCGACCACAACGGCUUUUGUCGCCCAAGAAAAGACGUCAAACGACUUGCGCAUCUUCUUCUUACAGUCCUCGGUCGAGUCCAUUAUGACACAAAAACGAACGCCUACUUGCUACACAACAACGAACGCCUUUUUGCGAACCGGAAACGAAUGCGACACAAAACGAACGCCUACUUGCGACACAACACUUUACGACAGCCAACGAGCAAAACGGCACCCAAGACUGCUGCCGACGGACGACCGACCGCAACGGCUUUUGUCGCCCAAGAAAAGAGGCCAAACGACUCGCGCAUCUUCUUAUAGUCCUCGGUCGAGUCCAUUAUGGUGUGCCCGGCAACAACACACACGCAGUUCGAGGACGUUUCCGCGCAUGUUCGUUACAGCAAGUAGGCUCUCCAAUUCGAAUUUUCAUUCUUUACCCACAAUGCCUGUCUUUCACUCUUUCGUUUAUCGCCUGAUCGGCAAGUAUGGCUUUCCUAUUCGAAUUUUUGUCUCCCUACUUUUCUCUUUGGUACAUAUUUAUAUAUUUUUGUUUGAUCUUUUGUUUCUUCUUUACAUUUCUUAA